AAAGCGUCUUAAGUCAAGGUGAUUGCUAGAAAGUCAAGGACCGCGAUCUUCGCAUGUACAAGUACCGUUACGUCCACAGUUCCAGUUAAAAUGUCCGAAAAGACAGAAACACGACCCAAACAGGAAAAAAGUGGUCGUAGCAGUGUCAUAGACAGUUUCGUGUCGCAAUACGAACGAUAUUACAGUCUUUCAGUAUUAAUAGCAGUAGUUUCCGUAGUUACGAUUUUAAUAAUAGCGGCGGACGAAUGCCGGACGUGCUUUAAUCGCUUAGAAGAGGUCACUCAAGUUACAACUUCCGACGGAUAUAAAACUUAUUGGGUUUACGGCAAAAAUGUGGAGAGCGGAUACUUGAAGCACGUGUUUAUAAUAUUAAAUAGGCUCGGCUAUAAAAACGACCCGAAUGCCACUGACUGGGACCUAUUAUGGGCCCAUGACUACCCAUUCCGCAAACUUUAUCCUCAACUAAACCACCUGAGACCGCACCAAAAAGUCAAUCAUUUUCCAGGGUGUGGUUACAUAACAAAUAAGGUUGAUUUAGCCGUCAGUGGACUUAAGUACAUUCCACCGGCCUUCAAGUUACCACAAGACAAAGACAACUUCCUUAAAUACGCCACCAGUCACCCUAACGUUACUUUCGUACAAAAAAACAACGACCACCGGAACAUUAAAGUAAAACCGGUUAAUGAAAUUGAUUUGAAUUCAGAGGGGACUUUUGUGCAAGAAUUCGUCGACAAGCCUUUACUAGUCAGUGGCCAUAAAUUCGAUAUCGGAGUUUACACAAUUAUCACCUCGAUUGAUCCCUUGCGCGUUUAUAUUUACAACGGAGACGCGCUUUUGAGGUUUUGUCCGGUUAAAUAUUACCCGUUUGACCCCAAAAAUCUAGACAAGUAUGUGGUCGGCGACGAUUACCUCCCAAUUUGGGAAGUCCCUGCUCUCGAUUAUUAUUACAACGAGUUGGGAUUCGGGAUGAGGGAAAGUUUGAACGCUUUUCUUCGGGCCAAGGGGAAAAACCCGCAAACAAUUUGGGACCAAAUCGAGGACGCCAUCAGGAUUUUAAUCCUAAAUAAAGAACCCAAAAUUUUGGACGUCGUGGCCAAAUUCAAGUCCAAACGCAACUUUUUCGAACUGGUCCGAGUCGACUUUGUGGUCGAUGAAGAUCUGAACGUGUUUUUACUGGAGGCGAAUAUGAGUCCUAAUUUGUCGUCGGCACACUUUCCCCCCAAUCAGUUGCUCUAUGAACAGGUCUUGUACAACGUUAUGGGGCUGUUAGGACUCGGAGAGCGCAUUCGGAAAGACUCUCUUGCCGUUAGGUCACAUUCGGAAGAGGAAAUGAUGGUCUCAGACAAGAACCUUGCCACGUAUCCCAAAGAAUGUAACAGCUCUCUUUGUAAAAGUGGCUGCGUUUCGCCAGUUUGUCAAUUGUGUAGGCCUUGCCUCUCUGCUGAUACUCUCGAAUAUUUGAAAGAAGCGUACAAGGAGCAUCUGAAUAGAGGGGACUGCAAAAGGAUAUUCCCUCCAAGUCAAUUAAAACCAGAGGCGGAAGUGAAGUGGGAGGAGUAUUCCGCCGAGAACCAGCUUCAAUACAGAUGGUUUCUGGGCAAGUGUCAGUUGGACGCCACGUGGUGCUAGCAUUAAUUUAGAAAAUAAAUACAAAUUGAAGAGCUGUUAAUUUCUUGUAAUUAAUUGUUGGAAUAAAUUGUUUCCUGUU